AUGCACCUGCCGGCUCCUACGUGCACCUGCCGACUCCUGCGGGCACCCUGCCAACUCCUGCGUGCACCUGCCGACUCCUGCAGGUCCCCUGCCGACUCCUGCGUAUACCUGCCGACUCCUGCGUACACCCUGCCGACUCCUGCGUAUACCUGCCGACUCCUGCGUACACCCUGCCAACUCCUGCGUGCACCUGCCGACUCCUGCGGGCACCCUGCCGACUCCUGCGGGCUCCUGCCGACUCCUACGUGCACCUGCCGACUCCUGAAGGCCCCUGCCGACACCUGCGGGCACCUGCCGACUCCUGCGGGCACCCUGCCGACUCUUGCGUGCACCUGCCGACUCCUGCGGGCACCUGCCGACUCCUGCGGGCACCUGCCGACUCCUGCAUGCACCUGCCGACUCCUACGUGCACCUGCUGACUCCUGCGGGCACCUGCCGACUCCUGCAUGCACCUGCCGGCUCCUACGUGCACCUGCCGACUCCUGCGGGCACCCUGCCAACUCCUGCGUGCACCUGCCGACUCCUGCAGGUCCCCUGCCGACUCCUGCGUAUACCUGCCGACUCCUGCGUACACCCUGCCGACUCCUGCGUAUACCUGCCGACUCCUGCGUACACCCUGCCAACUCCUGCGUGCACCUGCCGACUCCUGCGUGCACCUGCCGACUCCUGCGUGCACCUGCCGACUCCUGCGUACACCCUGCCGACUCCUGCGUGCACCUGCCGACUCCUGCGUACACCCUGCCAACUCCUGCGUGCACCUGCCGACUCCUGCGUACACCCUGCCGAUUCCUGCGUGCACCUGCCGACUCCUGCGUACACCCUGCCGACUUCUCCGUAUACCUGCCGACUCCUGCGUACACCCUGCUGACUCCUACGUGCACCUGCCGACUCCUACGGGCACCUGCCGACUCCUGCGGGCAACUGCCGACUCCUGCGGGCACCUGCCGACUCCUACGUGCACCUGCCGACUCCUGCGGGCACCCUGCCGACUCCUGCGUGCACCUGCCGACUCCUGCGGGCCCCCUGCCGACUCCUGCGGGCACCCUGCCGACUCCUGCGGGCACCUGCCGACUCCUGCAGCCACCCUGCCGACUCCUGCGUAUACCUGCUGACUCCUGCGUACACCCUGCCGACUCCUGCAUAUACCUGCCGGCUCCUGCGUACACCCUGCCGACUCCUGCAUAUACCUGCCGACUCCUGCGUACACCCUGCCGACUCCUGCGUGCACCUGCCGACUCCUGCGUACACCCUGCCGACUUCUGCGUAUACCUGCCGACUCCUGCGUACACCCUGCCGACUCCUGCGUGCACCUGCCAACUCCUGCGUACACCCUGCUGA